AUGUCCGACAACGAGAUCAGCAUAGAACCCACAUCAGAGUCAAGCCCAUUUCUCACAUUAGCCCCAGAACUUCGCAACAGAAUCUACGAAUACGCCCUCAAUCUCAGUCAAGGCUCCGAAAAGCUCGAUCUCAACCACUCUUUCCGAGGCUCCAACCCUGUAUUUCGCGAGCCAGGUCUAUUGACCACAUGUCGGCAAAUCCGCCACGAAUCGCUCAAGAUAUAUCUCUUGUCCAACAACUUCGCUAUCAAAGUCUUUGACUGCGAAAUAUCCCAGCUCAUCGCCUUCGAACAGAGAUGCUCGGCUCUGGACGUCGCGAAGAAUAUGAGUGUCUCAAUAUGGCCUGCAACAAAAAGUGAAGACUUCGAUUGGAAGGCGCUGUGGGACUGGGCGUUGUAUGUUCAUGCUGGAACGCCUUGGAUUCCUGUGGAGGGAAGUCAACGGAGUGCGUAUAGUCGCAAAGACCGGAUCACUUCGACUGUUUUCACAACAUUAAGAAUUGCGUGGAUGAUGCAGGAUGCACCUAUUGGAAAAGCGAAGGAUGCGUUGAGAGCGCAUUUGUAUUCUGCAUAUCGCAUGCUUUGUGCUGGUAAAGGUCAAGAAGGAUGGAUGGCGCAGAAGGAGGUCUUCGUUUGA